AUGAAGUUCAUCAUUGGCAUUGGAGGAGUGACCAACGGUGGCAAGACCACUCUGACAAAUCGACUACUAAAGACAUUACCCAACUGUUGCGUGGUGCAUCAGGAUGACUUUUUCAAGAAACCCGAUCAAAUAGAAGUCGGGGAGGACGGCUUUAGACAGUGGGAUGUGAUCGAUGCGCUGGACAUGGAGGCCAUGGUCAGCACUGUGAAAGGCUGGCAGGAGAACCCGGUCAAGUUUGCACGCUCUCACGGCGUGAGCCUGUCGUCACCUGAAGCCGAGGAAUCUGAGGGGAUCCAUAUUCUCAUAGUGGAGGGGUUCCUCAUCUACAACUACAAGCCUCUAAUUGACGUCUAUGACAAAUGUUUCUACAUUUCCAUUCCUUAUGAGGAGUGCAAAAGGAGGAGAAGUACAAGGACAUACACGCUCCCUGACCCCCCCGGCCUGUUCGACGGCCACGUCUGGCCCAUGUACCUCAGACACAGGAAAGAGAUGGACAACAACUGCAGUAGAAUAGAGUACCUUGAUGGGAUGACAUCAAAGGACGAUAUCUACAACAAAGUGUAUGAAGGUGUUCAGAACUCCCUGCUCAACAACUUAUAGCAGGACGGGGAUAACAGCGGAUUUGUGUAUAGACUUGUAAAUAUGAUAUUGCCUAAAUGUGUUAACACCAGUUCUGUACUUUGAGCCUGAUAUGUAAAUAGUGAAUCCUGUAACUUAUUAAGAACUAACGGCAGAAGCUUUGUGUUUUGUAUAGUUCUGUGUAACUUUUUUCUAAAAGAUAAGCCACCUCUGGACGGCCCAGUGUUCAACAUCAGGGACAGAUCUCCACUCUGAUCUGCGUCAACGUAUGAACUCCCCACUGGGUCUCACAACUAAAUGAAACGACUGAAUCAAACUUGUGCUUCCUGUUUUUGUUUUCACACACACACACACACACACACACACACACACACACACACACACACACUCAAACAUGGUGCUCUAAUAAAGGUCAUGUUCACAAUCACAAUCCUCACGUUUUACAACAUUUAUGAGGACGGCUGAUUACAACCUGCAGCUCUUGAACGAGACUUCUUAUCACUCAGACGAGAUUAAGAGCCUCAAUAAAAACGGUUCUGCAAACUGAAUGACAGAGAAUAUUUCCUCUGAAACACAAUAAAUUAUGUAUUAACACGGUUUACAGGAAGGAAAAAGAAACAAGGACAAUAAAAGUGGAUUUGAUUUAGUCGCCACUUAACUACAAUUGUAGAUAUGAUGUAUGAUGUAAUGUAAUAUGAUGUCUGAAACAUACAAAACAAACAGCAGCUCUUUGUGUCCCAACGUGUGUCAACACACCCUGAAGAAGGCAACUGUGUCAAUAUGAACUGGUGUGUUUUACUCGCCCAUAUUUACUGAAGCUGCUUUAUUUUGAAUUGUCCAUUUAAGUGCCCUGAACUGGUUUUGUAAUGCCACAUCCUACCCCUGGAUUCAGUUUAUUCUUUAGGCUUUAAUGUUCCAUAUAUAAGUUUGAUAAUGAAAUAUUAUCUGAAUAAAUGUUUUACCUUUUCAAAUAUAGAUUGGUAAAAUAAUCAGUCUAACCUUGACCUAAAAUGUACAUAAUAAUUCCUUUCGUCCCCGGUUAAAUAACAGCUAUGGGACCUUUGUUUUCUCUCUCUCUCUCUCUCUCUCUCUCUCUCUCUCUCUCUCUCUCUCUCUCUCUCUCUCUCUCUCUCUCUCUCUCUCUCUCUCUUCUCUUCUCUGUUUUUCAGCCUCUCUUUACUCUGUCAUCUGACCCCAGGAGUCUGUGGCACUCUGCCAGUUUUCAGAUGAAAUGUGUGGAUGGUGAUA